CAGAGAAAGAAAGUAAAAGAAAAGAACAGAACAAAAUUGGGAGAUUUUUUUCCAGAAGGGAAAGUAGAACUCCUAAGAAUGGUGCUAUUUGAAAAGAGGUGUGUGCAAGAGAGCAAUGAGCAGAGGGAAAGCAGCCUGUCAGAAACGGGCUGUCCCUCCCCUUCCUAAUCACAGCCUUUACUCACAGACUAACGCCCUCCCUCUUCCAUUCACUCACUCACUUAGGGCCAAUCGUUCUCUCUCUCUCUCUCUCUCUUUCUCUCUCUCUCUCUCUCCCUCACUCCCUCCCUCUUCCCCUUCUCUCCCUCACUUCUCUCCCCCUCUCCUCUCUCCCUGUCUCUCUUUCCCUCCCAUCCUCUCUCUGUCUCUGUCUCCCCCCCUCCUUCCCUCCCUCUCUUCUCCCUCCCUCUCUCCCUCCUUCUCUCUUACUCUGAGACAGUCAGAACUCUCCUUCCUGACAGCCACAAGCCUACAGCACUGACUGCAUACAGAGAGAGGGAACCUGCAAACAAAACUUCACAGAAAACUUUUUUGUUCUUGUUCCAGAGAAUUUGCUGAAGAAGAGAAAGGAAAAAAAAAUUAAAACAAAAACAAAAACAAAAAAAACCAAACCGUACAACUACAACUACAACUACAACAGCAGCAACAACAAAACCUGUGGGUGAAGGGGGUGGGGGUUUGGAAAAGCAGGGCCUUUAAAAAAAAAAAAAAAAGCAAUCACAACAACUUUUGCUGCCAGGAUGCCCUUGCUUUGGCUGAGAGGAUUUUUGUUGGCGAGUUGCUGGAUUAUAGGAAGGAGUUCCCCUACCCCAGGAUCAGAGGGGCAAGGUGCAGCCCCCGACUGUCCAUCCUGUGCUCUGGCCACUCUUCCAAAGGACGGACCCAACUCUCAGCCGGAGAUGGUGGAGGCUGUCAAGAAACACAUUCUAAACAUGCUGCACUUGAAGAAGAGACCCGAUGUUACCCAGCCGGUGCCCAAGGCGGCGCUUCUGAACGCUAUCAGGAAGCUUCAUGUGGGCAAAGUGGGGGAGAAUGGGUUUGUGGAGAUAGAGGACGACAUCGGCAGGCGGGCAGAAAUGAAUGAACUUAUGGAACAGACUUCAGAGAUCAUCACGUUCGCAGAAUCAGGCUCAGCCAAGAAGACACUGCACUUUGAGAUCUCCAAAGAAGGCAGUGACCUGUCCGUGGUGGAGCGUGCGGAAAUCUGGCUUUUCCUCAAAGUCCCCAAGGCCCACAGAAACAGGACCAAAGUCACCAUCAGGCUCUUUCAGCAGCAGAAGCAGCUUCAGGGCAGCCUGGACACUGGGGAGGAGGCAGAGGAGGUGGGUUUCAUGGAGAGGAGUGAACUGUUGAUAUCGGAGAAGGUGGUGGAUGCUCGCAAGAGCACCUGGCACAUCUUUCCCGUCUCUAACAGCAUCCAGAGGUUGCUAGACCAGGGCAGAAGUUCCCUGGAUAUUCGGAUUGCCUGUGAGCAGUGCCAUGAGACAGGUGCCAGCCUGGUGCUCUUGGGGAAGAAGAAGAAGAAAGAAGAGGAAGGAGAAGGCAAGAGGAAGGACAAGAAAGAUGGAGAAGGAGGUGCAGGUGGAGAGGAGGACAAGGAGCAGUCCCACAGACCCUUCCUCAUGCUGCAGGCCCGCCAGUCUGAAGACCACCCUCAUCGCCGCAGGCGGCGGGGCUUGGAGUGUGACGGCAGGGUCAACAUCUGCUGUAAAAAACAGUUCUAUGUUAGUUUCAAGGACAUUGGCUGGAAUGACUGGAUCAUUGCUCCCUCUGGCUACCAUGCUAACUACUGUGAGGGUGAGUGUCCGAGCCAUAUAGCAGGCACAUCUGGGUCCUCUCUCUCUUUUCACUCGACAGUCAUCAACCACUACCGCAUGAGGGGUCACAGCCCUUUUGCCAACCUCAAGUCGUGCUGUGUGCCCACCAAGCUGAGACCCAUGUCCAUGUUGUACUACGAUGAUGGGCAGAACAUCAUCAAAAAAGACAUUCAAAACAUGAUCGUAGAGGAGUGUGGGUGCUCGUAGAAUACCUAUUCUGGGGGGAGGGGGGCGGGGACAAGAGUCGUCCAGAGAAGACAGUGGCAAAAUGAAGAUUUUUUUUUUUUUAAAAAGAUUUCUGACUUAAACAACCAGAUAGAAAUUUAUUAAAAACAAAACUGAAGACAAAAACCUGAAAUAGAUGGAAGAAGAUGUGGGGAAAAAAAUUUUUUUUUCUUUAGGCAGGGCUCAGAGAUGAAGCAAUGAAGGAGACAGGAAUUGGGAGGGGAAAGGAGUAUCGUGUACCUUUCAUUUCUUCCAAAGUCAAAGUGAUGACGAUGACAAUGUCAACUGACGGUUGCUUCAAUGGGAGUAUUGUCUUCUCCUUUUCAGUUCGCUUUCAGUGUGAGCCUCUGAGUCAACUUGUCUGGUCCUCAGUACUGUGGGCUGGCAUAACCCAAAAAAGCAUCUAGAAAGCCAGGAGUUGAAAGGGCCAGUUAUAGGCACUUUCCCACCCAUUACCCAGGUCAUAAGGUGUGUCUGUGGGACCCUCUCUCUGUGUAGAUCAGCCUGCGCCCAUGUACAUAAACACAGAUAUCCUUACAUACCAUGCAACACACACUCACACACCACCCCACACAUCCCGUCCCAACACAUACACACACACACGCACACACAGACACCACUCCAUGCAUAUCCCCAUACAUCCCAUCCCAUCACACACACACACACACACACACACACACACACACACACACACACACACACACACACCAGCUACCACACAUUGAGGCAUUUCCACUAUACCACAUACUUGCAUAUUUUGAUGGAAAAACAAUAGUGUGAAGGUUUUCACACUUUCUUCUUCUGCACCACUUUAGCAACAAAACAAAACAAACAACAACAAUAAGAAAAACCAAUAUUGAAAAAAUGGGGAACAAGAAUGGGAACAGUGAAAGAUCAAGGAACAAAGAAUACCAAGUGAUACAUUUCGUCAAGGUGCUUAUGAUCUUAGAACUAUGCAACCUAAUAGGUUUGAAACUGUUUACCUGAGAGAGAACAAAAAGAGAGACUUUUUUUUUUGUAAUGGAAGUAACCUGAUUAAUUUUUAUUUUCUUCAAGGAGAGAUACUUGAAAGGAAUAUGUUUGUCCAUCUGUUGGAUCCAAACAUUUCUAUAUUUUGUAAAUGUUGUUUUUUUUUUUAUCGUUUACUAUUUGCACUACAAUGGUGUUUGACCUGUCUAAUCCUUAUUUAACAAGUAUUUUCUUUGGGUGGGGGUGGGGGGGGGUUAAGAGCGCACUUAAUGUGAGCUAUAAAAGAACUGCUACAGCACACAAAAUAGCUAUUUUUAUUAUUAUAAUUAUAAUUAUUAUUAUUAUUUUGUACCUUAAAAAUAGAAGACACAUACACCAAAGACAUUUGUGUGAGCCUUUAAACAGUCUGUCUGUGGUUGAUACCAUUCACUAUCAAUGAGUCAGGGGUUGGGGGUUCAAGGUUGAAGAGAGCGGAUUGUGGGAUUGUGUGCAGGCUUCAAAAGACCUGAGAAGUUUGUAUUUUGACUCCUUUUGCAUCCAUGACACAGGACAUUGCAUACUGGAUGUACAGUAGUUGUACACUGUUGGAUAUCAAGUUCAACCCAAUUCAUGCUUGUAUAUGUAUAUAUACAUUGCUUGUGCAUAUGCAUAUCUGUGUGCAUAUAUAUAUAUAGACAUGUAUUGCAUCAUGUCGAUAUGCAUUUUAAGCACUUCAGGCUGUCGUUUUUAAAUGUUCUUAAAACAAUGAAUGUUUGUGUGAAAAAACACAGUAUUUUUAAGAAGGAUAGGCUAUAGUUUUUGCUUUUCCUCUGAACUAGGUGGGCACAUUUCAAAGUUUCACUGGGGAAGGAGCCUGGAAAUUCUAGUAGAUAUUCAGCAAGACUCUCUUCCAAUGUACAGGGAUCCAAUUUCCUCCCAUUUCUUAUUCCCCACUCCUACACUGUGCUUUUCUUUUUCUCCCUGCAGGAAAGUCAGGAAACUCCUGUUAAGCAAAGCUUUACAUAAUUUUUUGUUUUGUUUUGUUUUAUUUUCAGAUUCUUCUAUGUUGGAAUCAAUCUUAAAUGCUUUCUCAGAAAGAAAAGAACUUACAAUGUCAGAUUAAAAGAGUCAAUAGCUUUUUAUGAUAAAAAGCUGGUUGUGAGAAGUACAAAUUGCACAGUGGGACAAAAUAAUGUUGCUAAUAGUUAAAAGAUGGGUAAUUUGUGGUGAGAUAUUAUGACAGUGGGAGUAAGGAAGAGAAUAGAUAGGAAGCAGGGGUGGAGGCAAUAUGAAAUUUCUUUAUAUUUCCAUUUACAACCAAAACUCUUGAUGUGAAAAUUUUUAUGUAUUGAUUCAGAUAUACAAAAAGAAAAAAAAAAGUUUUAUAAAAGGACAUGCUUAAAGUUAAUUAUUUACUAAUUUAGUCCAUAGAACUUAGUCUAUCAAGACAGUCAAAAGUUAUUCAUCUAUGUGCUUUUAAAAUACCAAGCCUAAAAUAAGAUGCCAGAUCUGAAUUUUUACCGGCUUGUUUAAAGUUGGAAAGAAAAUGGAAAUAUUGAUAAUACUUGGUGAAAGUUAGGUUCAUCAGGAUUUUGUAAAAUAUUGAUACUUUCAAUGCUUUCAACUAUACAUCAAGUCAUAUAACCACCACCACAAUAAUAAUAAUAAUAAUAAUCAUAAUCAUAGUUAAGCAAAGUAGCAGUGAGAGACUGAACAUUACCAAAUGUGGUCUAUAUCAAGUAUCCUGUAAUAAUACUGGGCUGUAGUUAGGCAAAUUGAUUUCAUUUCUGGGAAGAUAUGCUUACUAUGUUCUGGUAGCCCACUUGUUCUCUUCAGGAAAUACAAUAUAUACUCCAUGAGCAUGGGUUCUAAUUAAAGGGAAAACCAGAAAAACUGACAUUUAGUUCCUCACUCUUAACUAUGACCUAGAAAAUCAUGCAAAUGGGGUAGGUGAAGGUGAGUGAGGAGAACUCAAGGAGAGAAGUAGUGACAUACAGCUUGACAGAAUUUUAUGAAAAAUGGAUGGACUUUUGAACUGCCUCUUAUUGGUACUGAAAGUACUAAUGUAGCCUAUCUAAACAGUAUGGAGAACAAAGUUCUAGAUCACUGUGCAAUCGCAGAGACAGUCAAGGCAAUGGAAAAACUAAAAGGUUAGAAACCAUCUAAUACCUGGCCAUAGCUCCCAUUCAUCUCAAAUAUGUAUGUUAUUUUUUAAGCCCUUUAUUACAUCGGAAGAAUGAUGGAUUUUGGUUAGUGGAUCGAAUGACUAGAGAGAAAUGAAAUUCAUAAAAGGAUAUUUUUAAAGGGAUGUCUUAUUUUAAAUCAAAUUUAUUUACAUGCAUUUAGAUAAUAAGGGUAUCACAUAUCCACUAACUUUAAACUGAUUAUAUUAAAUUUAUUGGACCGUGGAAUAUAAUUAUAAACCAUGUUUAGUAAUCUUGGAAGAUAAGAGUCUUAAGAACAAUCUUUUACAUAUGGUAUCAUGAGACCAAGAGAAAAAGCUUUUAAAUUAGACCAUAUCAGAGUUUUCAUAAAAUAUUUUCCUCUUACAGAAGGGUUGUUCUAGCUGAGCUUAGCAUCUCUAAUUUUUCCUCCAGUACUGACCUCCCCACGAAUCUUAAAAGCUCUGAUGAGUAUUUAUCACUAGAUUUAUUUUUUUAAAAUAAAGGUGUAUACUUUGUAAAUUGAAUUUGCUUUUUCUGAAGAAGAAAAAAAAAGUUGUAGCUCAAAUUCUAGCACACUGAGUUAAGUUACUCUCAUCCCUAGGGACCAAGCAAUCCUUUAUUUAAGAUUGAUUCCACACUCCAUUUGCAAGGAGGGUGUCUGUAUUUUCCUCUAAGGUAAAUGAAUUGUAUUUUUUUUCUCCCCCACAGAAUUUGAUCUCAAGAAGUGCUUCUCAAAAGUAGAGCACAUAAAUGCCUCGAUUGUAUUAUGCUUAGAUUAAAAUUACCAUGUUCACAUGAAAAAAUGAUUUCCUGUGGGCCUUUUGGCAACUUCCCCUUUCAACGUAGAGAAAAACUUAGUCACCCUAAAAACCUACACAAAGAGAUGAAACUUGUAGAUGUGGGCAGAAGGUUUGGGGGUGGACAUUGUAUAUGUUUAAAUUAAACCCUUUAUCACUGAGAAGCUGUUGUAUGGGUCAGAGAAAAUGAAUGCUUACAGACUGUUCACAUCUUCAAGAGCAGAAGCAAACCACAUGUUUCAGCUGUAUUGUUAUUUAUUUUUAUGCAUAAAGUGAAUCAUUUCUUCUGUAUUAAAUUUCUUAUGGGUUUACCCUCUAUUUAAAUACUUUGGAAAAAAAAACAGUGCAUUGACAAUGGGUUGAUAUUUUUCUUUAAAAGAAAAAUAUAAUUAUGAAAGCCAAGGUAAUCUGAAGCCUGUUUUGUUUGAAAAUUUUUAUGUUCUGUGGUUGAUGUUGUUUGUUUGUUUGUUUUUAUUUUGUUGUGUUUUUUUGCAUAAUACAUGCAGUUCUUUAACCAAUGUCUGUUUGGCUAAUGUAAUUAAAGUUGUUAAUUUAUAUGAGUGCAUUUCAACUAUGUCAAUGGUUUCUUAAUAUUUAUUGUGUAGAAGAAGUACUGGUAAUUUUUUAUUUACAAUAUGUUUAAAGAGAUAACAGUUUGAUAUGUUUUCAUGUGUUUAUAGCAGAAGUUAUUUAUUUCUAUGGCAUUCCAGCGGAUGUCUUGGUGAUUGCGAGGCAUGCAGUCAAUAUUCUGUACAGUUAGUGGACAGUAUUCAGCAAUGCCUGAUAGCUUCUUUGGCCUUAUGUUAAAUAAAAAAAAAAAAAACCUGUUUGGGAUUUAUUAUU